AUGUUUAGAAGGGUCACAGGUCAAUUGAAUAGAUAUGUGAGGUUUACAUCAACAGUGACCAGAGACACGGUGACCGUAAUACCUACUGUUUAUGAAUUGACUGAUGGUAAAGAUGUUACACCAGAAACAAAUCCAGAUACUUCUUUAAUUAGUUAUCUUCAAUCAAGACAUUUAAUUGAAUCAAUAACGGAUGAUAAGUUAUUUAUAAUAACGAAAAGAAAUAAUGAUCAUAAAUUUAAGUUAUAUUGUGGAGCUGAUCCAACUGCAGAAAGUCUUCAUUUAGGAAAUUUAUUACCAUUAAUGGUUCUACUACAUUUUAGAAUUUGUGGAAAUGAUGUAAUAGGUUUAGUGGGUGGUGCAACGGGACAAGUUGGAGAUCCCAGUGGAAGAACAACUGAAAGGACUGGAUUGAACCUAACAGAGGUUGAAGAUAAUGUUUCCAAAAUACAAAAACAAAUUACAAAUUUUUUAACAAAUGGUAUUGAAUAUGCAAAAUCAAGACAGUUUCCAAUGAAUAAACAAAUUGGUGAAAUAAGUAGUGUAAAUAAUGAAUCAUGGUGGAAAGAUGUUAAAAUGUUGGAAUUUUUAUCAACUUAUGGUAAACACAUAAGAGUUAGUGCAAUGUUAGCUAGAGACUCAAUACUGUCAAGGUUAGAAAGUGGUGGGAUUGGAUUUAGUGAAUUUACUUAUCAAAUUUUACAAGCUUAUGAUUUUUUCCAUUUAUACAAAAAAGAAAAUGUAAAUAUGCAAGUUGGUGGAAAUGAUCAAUGGGGUAACAUAACAGCUGGUAUUGAUUUGAUUUCAAGAUUGAAAAAACUGGUCAACAAGACAAAUGAAGCUUAUGGUGUUACUGUACCUUUAUUAACUAACCCAUCUGGUGAAAAAUUCGGUAAAUCUGCUGGUAAUGCCAUUUUUAUAGAUUCAAAAUUAACAAGUCCUUAUCAAAUGUAUCAAUAUUUUAUAAAUGUACCAGAUGAUAUGGUUGGGAAAUUAUUGAAAACUUUUACAUUAUUACCAUUAAAUGUAAUAGAAGGUGAAUUAAUUCCAAAACAUGAAGCUGACCCGGGUUUAAGAAUAGCUCAACGUGUUUUAGCCAGAGAGGUUGUUGAUUUGAUACAUGGUGUUGGAGUAGGUGAUGAAAUAGCAUAUAUUACAGGAUUUUUAUUUCCAACUCCAGAUCAACCCUUUGAUGAUAAUGUAAAUGCAGAUAAAUUAAUAAAUAAUUUUAAACGAUCAGGUAUACUAUCUAAAUAUCCAUUGGAGAAAUGUAAUGAUAUAAAAAUGAGUACAUUACUAUCUGAAAUAACUGGGAAGUCCAAAAGUGAAAUAAAAAGAUUAAUUAAAUCUGGUGGUGUUUAUUUAGGGUUAGAUAGAGAUCAAAUUGAAGAUCCUGAUGAUGUUGUAUUGUUUGAUAAAUCACAUCAUUUAGUUGAUGGGAAAUUAAUGUUAAUUAGAAUUGGUAAACAAAAUUAUUAUGUUGUUGAGUUUGUAUAG